AUGGGUGAUGUUGAGAAAGGCAAGAAGAUUUUUGUUCAGAAGUGUGCCCAGUGCCACACUGAGGAAAAGGGAGACAAGCACAAGACUGGGCCAAAACUCCAUGGUCUCUCUGGGCAGAAGACAGGUCAGGUCACUGGAUUCUCUUACACAGAGGCCAAUAAAAACAAAGGCAUCACCUGGGGAGAGGAUACACUGAUGCAGUAUUUGGGGAAUCUUAAGAAGUAUAUCUCUGGAACAAAAAUGAUUUUCGCCAGCAUUAAGAAGGAAGAAAGGGCAGACUUAAAGGUUAUCUCAAAAAAAGCUACUAAUUAG